AUGACAGAGAGGAACAAUCGCCCCAAGGCCUUGGUGUACCGGGGACCAGCUGCAUGCGAUGAAUGCCCUGAAGCAGUGAAAAGGCUUCUGGAAAACUCACCUUCUGCCUUUGAAGUUGAAUUUUGUGGACCCUAUGAAACGAUCAAACUAAACAAGGAGUCACUGGAAAAUAUAGAUCUCUAUGCGCAGCCUGGGGGCGGUGAUCUCGCUCCUGCGUGGAAAUUAAUGAAGGAAUAUGAAAGCGUUAUCCGUGACUUUGUCGCUAAUGGGGGUCGAUAUGCUGGCUUCUGUCUUGGGGCGUAUCUCGCAGGAAACGGCCCCGGUUUCGGUAUUCUUCCGGAAAAUUGCGACACAGAUGCAGAAAUUGAACAGUUCGGCGCACAGGUCAAAGAUGAAUCGGAUACCGUUAUCCAGCUAGAUUGGAACUUCCAGGCUGGCGAACGUAAGGGUGAGCAAGAUAAAGGCCGAUGGAUGUACUUUCAAGAGGGAGCAAAUAUCGAUAUAGCGAAGGGAUCGCCAGCCGUGAUAGUCGCCACAUAUUCGAGUAACGGAGACAUUGCUGCCUCAGUUACUCCCUUCCAAAAGGGUUGGGUUGGGCUUAUUGGUCCUCAUCCCGAAGCAGAUGAAGACUGGUAUGACGAAUUCAAUAUCACUAACCCGGAUGGAAUAAAAUUCGAUCUUGGCUAUGAUUUUGUCGAGGCGAUUAUGAGUCAAGAAUCUCGGGCAUAA